GUAAAUCUACAGACACAAGGCACCACACACAGGGAAAAACAAAAUCUAGAGAGAGAGAGCGGGCAUUGAUGAAUAAGAUCAUCACUUUGGUAUGUUAUUGUAGAGGGAAGACACGACGCAUGAGAUUAGACUAAAGAAAAAUAUUGGUCAUGCCCCUGCCCUUUGAGGAGCUACAAGGACUGGGUUUCUCUUACGGAACACGUGAAGAUCUCUGUUGUGUUGUCGGUGUCAACAAUGGUAGUAGCGAGCCCACCUCUGUUCUAGACUCUAGCAGAAGCCCAAGCCCCUUCCUCUCUUCCUCAACCACCACGCUGUCUUCCUCUCACGGUGGCCCCGGCGCCGCCGCCGGGAAAUGCAAUCAGAUGACUUUUGAGGAUCUCGACGGAGUUCUCUCCGGUUCCCCGGGACAAGAGCAGAGCAUCUUCAGACUGAUUAUGUCCGAUCCGGGCUCUGAGUUCACGGGCUUCGACCCGGGUUCUGGAUCCGACCCGAAUCCACUCUUCGGCUACGGCUUCCCUCUCGACGAGCCGCCUCCGCCGCCGGAAGAAGAAGACGUGAAGUUUCAGAUCACGGCGGACCCGGACCCGGACCCGUGUUUCUUCUCCGGCGGGUCGUCUCCGCCGGCGAAAAGACUCAACUCGGGUCAACCCGUUUCUCACCACUGGGGCUUCCCGUUCUCGGAUCCGGGUCACGACCCGCCGCAGAAGCUAGCUGGCCCCGAAUCAACGGCGGUGAUCACCGAGCAGCUAUUCAACGCGGCGGCGGAGCUAACCGGAACCGAUAACAACAGUCCCGUACUCGCGCAAGGGAUAUUGGCGCGGCUCAAUCACAACCUCAGCAACAACCUUAACAAUCCGAAACCUCCGUUUCAAAGAGCGGCUUUCUACGUAACAGAAUCUCUCCAAUCUCUACUCCAAGACUCCCAACCGUCUCCUCAUUCGCUACUCCUUAAAAUCGCUGCCUACCGAGCCUUCUCCGAAACGUCGCCGUUUCUCCAAUUCGUUAACUUCACAGCAAACCAGACCAUCCUCGAGUCCUUGGACCGGUUCGACCGGAUCCACAUUGUCGAUUUCGACGUCGGUUACGGCGGUCAAUGGUCGUCUCUGAUUCAAGAACUCGCGAACAGAUCAUCGUUAUCAUCGCUAAAGAUUACAUCUUUCUCCUCUCCUUCAACCGUCUCCGACGAGUUCGAGCUCCGGUUCACCGAAGAGAAUCUCAGAGCCUUCGCCGGAGAGACCGGAGUAACGUUCGAGAUGGAGAUGCUGAACAUGGAGACGCUCCUGAAUCCACCUCUCUCUCUGAUUCGAUCAUCUGAGAAAGAAGCAAUCGCUGUGAAUCUCCCAAUCAGUUCGGUUAUCUCCGGUUACCUUCCGUUAAUCCUCCGUUUCCUCAAACAAAUCUCUCCAAACGUCGUCGUUUGCUCAGACACUAUCCCCGACGCGCCGUUUCCCAACGCUGUGGUCGACGCGCUUCAGUACUACACAUCUUUCCUCGAGUCUCUCGAGUCACCGAAUAGUAGUCAGGAAGCUGUUACGAGUAUCGAGAGGUUCUGCGUGCAGCCGUGGAUGCAGAGACUGUUGACUAAUCGUUACCGUUGGAUGGAGAAAUCUCCGCCGUGGAGAAGCUUGUUUGGACAGUGUGGGUUUACUGCGGUGGCGAUGAGUCAGACGGCGGAGACGCAGGCGGAGUAUUUGCUGCAGAGGAAUCCGAUGAGAGGGUUUCAUUUGGACAAGAGACAGUCUUCGCUCGUGUUAUGUUGGCAGAAGAGAGAACUUGUUGCUGUCUCAGCUUGGAAAUGUUAAAAGAGGGUAAAAAAUAAAAAUAAAAAGUAUUUUGUUAUUUUUUAGCUUUUUAAUUUGGGUUUAAUCAUGUUUUAAUGUGUUGUUAAUCUUUGAUUGUGAUGUUAUUAACCAAUCAAAUGAUAUAUAUAAGUAUCUUUUUGUUAGUCCAAUGAAGUAAGAAAUCACAUGGUAAUCAAAGUAUUACCACUUUA